CAGAAAUAUGCCCAAGCAUCACUAUAUAUUCUCACCAUCUCUAUCUCCAAGCAUACUUCAUCUAUCAUAGCUACAAAAAAUCAAAGCAUCAUAUUUACUCACAAAACGAAAUUCUUCAAAUUCUAAGAACUCAGUACCUUUCUGUUUCAUAAUACUAACAAUUAAAGAUAUAUUAAGUUUUUACUCGGCAAAAGAAGAAGAAGAUGAUGAUGUUACCAGAAGCAUGCAUAGCCAACAUCCUUGCCUUCACAUCUCCGGCGGAUGCAUUCUCGUCGUCAGAGGUCUCUUCGGUUUUCCGGUUAGCCGGAGACUCUGAUUUCGUAUGGGAAAAGUUUCUACCAUCGGAUUACAAAAGCCUCAUCUCUCAAUCUACUGAUCAUCAUUGGAAUAUUUCUUCCAAAAAAGAAAUUUAUCGAUGUUUAUGUGACUCUCUUCUCAUCGAUAAUGCUCGAAAGCUGUUCAAGAUCAAUAAAUUUUCCGGAAAAAUUUCCUACGUUUUAUCAGCAAGAGAUAUUUCCAUAACACAUAGUGACCAUGCAUCUUACUGGUCUUGGAGCAAUGUCUCAGAUUCUAGAUUCUCGGAGUCAGCUGAACUUAUAAUAACCGAUCGUUUAGAAAUCGAGGGUAAAAUCCAAACCAGAGUUUUAUCAGCAAACACAAGAUACGGAGCAUAUCUCAUAGUGAAAGUAACAAAAGGCGCCUACGGACUUGACCUAGUUCCGGCAGAGACUUCGAUUAAAUCUAAAAACGGUCAAAUUAGUAAGAGUGCAACUUAUCUAUGUUGCUUGGAUGAGAAAAAACAACAAAUGAAGCGGCUAUUUUACGGGAACCGAGAAGAGCGAAUGGCGAUGACUGUGGAAGCGGUUGGCGGGGACGGGAAAAGGAGAGAGCCGAAAUGUAGAGAUGACGGAUGGAUGGAGAUUGAGUUAGGAGAGUUUGAGACACGAGAAGGAGAAGAUGAUGAAGUCAAUAUGACUCUUACAGAGGUGAAAGGAUAUCAACUAAAAGGUGGCAUUUUGAUUGAUGGUAUUGAAGUGAGGCCUAAAACAUAAUCAAGAUGACUACGGAAGCUAUGGAUUGUUAAAUGAAAUUGAGAGGAACUCAGGGGUUGUGUGAAUGUGUUUUACUAAAUUGGUUGCAUUUGUUCAUUUAUUAUCGUGUACGUUGAAAAGAGUAGAAGUUUUAGUUUUCAAGUUUCAAUUAUUUGGCUCGUUGAAAAUAAUGUACAAUCUUAGUGGGUGUCACGAAACUGAUUAACAAUUUAAAUUUUUUAUUA